AUAUUCACACUCCGGUUUUGGCCAACAGGAGUUUAGUGUUUGUGGCAGAUAUAAAUAGUGAUAAACACCGACGAGGCUGUCUUUAUAAAAGUGACGUUAUUAUUCUUAACGACAGACUCAGGUCAUAUUGAUUCAAAGCCAAACAUGAAUUUUGAGCAGCCCCCUCCAUACUCAGGCAGUGGCCCCACCGGUCCAGGCUACCCAGCCCAAGGCCCACCUCCACCUCAGGGCUAUCCUCCACAGGGAUACCCAGUGAACAUGGAGCAGCCUAAUCCAGCAUAUCCGCAGUAUGGUCCUGGAGGCCCUUAUCCUGGCCCAGGACAGCCUCCUUAUGGUUAUCCUGCUCAACCACAGUAUGGCUGGCAGGGGGGGCCUCCUCCUGGGCCCAUGUAUGGGGAAGCUCCCAAAAACACAGUGUACGUGGUGGAGGACAGGAGACGAGACGAUACAGGGGACACGUGUCUGACAGCCUGUUGGACAGCUCUGUGUUGCUGCUGUCUCUGGGACAUGCUGACAUAACAAUAUUUACCAAUUCUACUCUCCAUGAGACCUAUAAACCCCCCCCCCCCCCCCCAUAUCUAUGCCUCAAACCUUACCAUCUCUUCUCUCUCCCCCCCCUCAUCUGCCUUAAACCUCACACUCCCCAUCUCUUAUUUCCUCCACAAGACUUUACAUGUCUAUAAAUAAAUAAUCCUACACAGACAACUAACAUAUUUGCAGAACCACUCUCAUUAGAGUUGAUAAUUGCUCUGUCCACGGCGUGUAGUCUGUAGCAGCUCCUGACAGGGCUUCCACGCCCAUUGUCAGCACGCAGCACAUGCGUGCUCAACAGAGUAGAUAUGUGAGACACACACACAAAACUCAGGCUGGUCUAGUGUGAGGCUCUUUGGCACUUUAUGAUGAUUACCUCUGUAAGAUACAAAUACUGGCAUCAUUUUCUUCUGUGUCCCCAAACCUUUCACCUUCUCAACUAUGUGAGUAGGAAUUAUAUUUAUGCCUUAAUUCUGAGUUCAUAAUGCAACCCCAAGGCCAAAAAAAAAAAUGCACUUGUAAAUUGCACCCUUUAAUUUCAGUGAUCACAAAUUAGUUUUGUGAGCAUUUUUCUGUUAUUCACGUAGCUGCACUGUUGGAAAUUAAUGGUUUCAAAUUUUGCUCAUGUGACCUCACAGCCUUGCAUAUGUGCCGAAGGAGGGCGCUGCCGCACUCUCAGCAUGUCUGCUUUGUGUACUCAGGUCUGUCUGCAUGAUUUGCUUUAUAUUGUGCAAUUCCAGCAUGUCACUCUUGAAUUUCAAUUACGUUCUUGAAUUUGAGUCAAAUGUAAACUGAGGUAGCAAACAAGAUGCAAAUUUACAAUUCUGAAUUUCUGAAUUUUGCACAACCCUGUUCCAAAAGCCCUUCAUGUCUACAUGGGAGCAGGCCCCCCUCACAGAGGCUCCAUGUUGAUACAGCAGUCAAAAACAGACAUGCUUACUCCACAUUUAGCAUUUUGCACCUCAGUCUGAAGACCGACGAGAAAAAAAAAAAAAAGAGGACUCACUUGUUGUCUUACUGUAAUGUAAUGUCAGUAAUGCUUUAGUGGUUGUUCAUGCAGGAUAAUAAGUUAGAACUCUUUAUUGAGAUCUACAGGACCACCAGUGACAGUGUAAUGCACCUCCCCACUAGAUGACAUUAAUAAUCUCUCAUGCUGGAACCCUCAUAACCUAAUUACCACAGAGACCCUGACAGCCAGUAAGCUACAGGUGAUCCUAUAGAACUGAUGCUUGAAAUGCAUCCCUUUGAUUUGCACAGAAGCUGUUUUUGCAGAUGUCUGUCUUCAGGUGAAUGAUAUGACAAACAGGAAAUGCGGUUUUAAAUAUGACUGAUUUAUGUUUGAUUACUUUUUCAUGAUACAAUGUUUUUUUUUUCCCCCACAAUGACCUUAAUAUUCGGAAAUAAAGCACCUCAUAUUAACCAAUAUGUUCUGUGGAUUUCAAAGUGAAAAAUGUAAAUUGAUGUGACUACCACAUAGAUAAAUGCGUACAAUGAUCUGUUAUAUGCCUUUUUUGUUGCUUCAGAUGAGAAUCUUGCAUUAAAUUAUUUGAUUCAA